AUGGCAGCGGGGAAGAUCCUGCUGUACGCGGGCCUGUCUCUGUCUCUGUGCGCGCUCACGAUGCUCGCGGUUGCGCUCUGCUCUGAUCACUGGUACGAGACUGACGCGCGGCGCUACCGCGAGCGGUGCCGCAGCUUUACGAGCCGCCGCAAAGACCCGGGCUUCAUCUACAUCCCAAACAACAGUCUGCCGCUCCGUGCCGCGCGUCAGGACAACAGUCUGCCACUCCGGUCCACACGGCAGGACAGCAGUCUGCCGCUCCGUGCCGCGCGGCAGCUGUUCGCUAUGAGCGCGGCAGAUGAGUGUGAGCGGCAGUACAACAGUACCACUAUGGGCCUGUGGCGGCGCUGUCACCGACACAACUUCGACCCAGAGGUGGAGGAGCGCAUCCGCUCAGAGGGGUGUGCCGCACCUGGACUCACCGCAGAGCACCUGGACUCACCACAGAGCACCUGGACUCACCACAGAGCACCUGGGCUCACGGCAGAGCACCUGGGCUCACUGCAGAGCACCUGGAAUUACCACGAAGCACCUGGACUCACCACAGAGCACCUGGACUUAAAGCACAGCAGCAGUGUGACCAUCAAAACUGCCACCUACUGGUGUGAGCAGGAAGUACAUCCUCAAUCCAAGACAUUUAAACCAUGUGAACAUGAGACCGAGUCCACAGAGUGUUCUGACAGAGUCCACAGAAGUCCACAGAGUGUUCUGACAGAGUCCACAGAGUGUUCUGACAGAGUCCACAGAGUGUUCUGA